AAGAUUUUUAUUUCAGUGUUAUCAUUAAUAAUUAAUACCAUUUGUAAUUUUUUUAAAAACUACUAUUGUAUUUAUAUUUAUAAAGCUUUAAGAAGUUCAAUGAUAUUUUAAACGUUUUUGAAAGCUUCCAAAUAAAUAUUCUAAAUUAAAUCAAACCAUUUUUUCUCUUCAAGACAUAUUUCGCACAAUACGUUGGUUUAUUUGUUUAUUCGCUCAUAAGAGUUCGAUGGUCUGUUUAAUUAAUAAUACCUAUAUAGGUACGCGUAAUAAUGCAAAAUCCUUAUACGAAAUUGGGAUUCGUAUAUUAAAAAAAAACAUGCAACAUUUUCCUUGGCAUUGGCCUUGCAUUUAAUCGUCGUUGUUAUACCUGUAUCGAAGAUAUUUUCACUUGCACAACGCUAUUAUAACUAAAAGUUCUCUCCAACUCACGCGACUUCUUAAAUAAUAAUAACGACGUGUAAGAAUAAUUGAGUGUCCUUUAGAGCUACACCUUGUAUCUAUAUCGAUGAGUUUCAUCGUGAGGGAGUUUAAAAAUAUUCCUUUUUGCACAAUUUUCGUACCCACUUAUAUAUGUACGCAAUUUUACCAUACCAGUUAAAAAAUGAUAGUCCCCUGGCUUUUUUUGUUGAACAUCUUGAAGAAAAAAAAUUGCUCAUAUUGUUGGGACGAACAACUGGUCUCGCUUGAAGCUGAAAAAUCGCAUUUUUCACCAUCCAGCUACCACUAUAAUUGCAAUUAAAAUUUUAUUAAUCGAGACCUAUAGCAUUUUAUCACUGCAAUAAAGUGUUCGUCCCAACAGUAAGCGAUUUUUUUCUUCAAGACAUUUAAAAAUCCAAAAAACCAGAGAGGUUUUAACCAAUAGUACAGUCGUCAAUUUCUGCGAUUAUGUAAAGACGUUACUCAUACUACAUUGACUAUAUAGCUAUUCGUGCAAUCAAUCAACGCUAUGGCAUUUAUUACUAUCCCGUGCUGUGUUUCAAUUGUUGAAUGUAAUUGUUAUCACGAAUAGGUACACGGAGUUGGAUCGUUUCAAAUUGGACGCUUGUAUAUAACAAGAAAUAUUAUUUAUUUUAUUUGUAAUAAAGCGCAACACGCUUUUAAUAAAUUAUUUAUAAAUUUUGUGUUUGUACAACUGCAAAAACGAGCUCAAUCUUGGGAAAACAAGAACAUAUUAUUGGUGCAUCAAAGAUACAAUUAAAAAGUUAUCUAUUUUUUUGCUUAAAACUUUUACUCAUAGAUAUCUUAUAAUUUCGGAGUUAAUUAAUGAAAUUGCUCUCGUAGAUUAUACGUAUAUUUGUGAUGAAAGAAACAAAAAAUAGCAACAAUCACAAUAUAGAAUUGCGAAAUGGAUAAUUCAUCAUUAAAGAAUGUAUUUAUUGUGGCAUAAAAUAAUCAUGCACUCAAUAUCGAUAAUAUAAUAAAACACAUACAUUGAAACGUUUCAUUUCUAAAAUAUACCCGCAUUUGUUAUUUUAAAGUUGCACGAGCUCAAUGACCGCACUGCAUAAAUAGUAAAAGAGCUUAUCACUCCACUAAUGAAAUACGAGUUCGCUUCGGAGAUUAAACAAAACGUAAACUUUAUGUUUCCGACAAAAAUACACGUACGCAUUAAGAAAUGCAACAAACGAUAAAGAAGAAUAACAUGACAAGCGGUCAAAGCUCCGUUACGAAAAUUAUCGAAUAUUCCCUCCAAUUCUUCUCAAACAACUAUACUGCUCCUCCACAAUCUCUAAUAACCUUUCAAGUCACAUUAAACAUCCGCUUCUUGACGCAAUUCACAAACACAAUGCGACAAAGCUAAAAAAUCCGACACACCGACACCGGACGCCUCCGCUAUAUUCUACUUUGAUACUUAUAUCUAUAUAGGUACACCUGACGCACACAUCAUCAGCACACGCAGCUUAGCUCCCACCACGCGCCGCAGACGCGCAACGUCGCGAGAGCUGAGAGCAAGUGCGGUCAUUAUAUUAAACGCCGCGGACUGCAGUUCACCACAACAACAGCUGAGCGCAAGUGAUACACAUAUCCGAACUACAGAACUCGGUUCGGUACAGUCGCGACACUUAUGCGGCAGUCAUGGGCAGGCAGCUACUUCUGGAGCUAGUGCUGAUCGUCUUCGGACUCUUCCUCGUGGGAGGCUUCGCCAACGUCAUCCCGCAAAAGGAGCAGGAUGAGGGCAACCAAGGCCUCUACAACUCCAGUGACUUUGUCACGAUACUGGAUGUUAAGAAUUUCAAGUCCAGUGUUUACAACAGCAGGAAGACAUGGCUCGUCGAGUUCUACAACAGCUGGUGUGGCUUCUGCCAUCGGUUUGCACCCAUCUGGAAGGACGUAGCCAAGAGUAUUCACGGUUGGAAAAAUAUCGUUGUGAUAGCAGCUAUUGAUUGUGCCAAUGAUGAUAAUAAUCCUCUCUGCAGAGAAUACGAGGUUAUGAGAUAUCCAACCUUGAAAUUCUUCCCUGUUAAUUCAAAAAAAGAUUUUUUGGGACUAGAAGUACAGAAAGGUAAUGAUGAAGCACAAAUAAUACAAGCAGUUAUAGACCAAUUAGUUAAAGAGCAACAGGAGCAAAGGGGAGCAACUUCAUGGCCAAAUCUUGUACCAUUUCGGGGUACUGAAAUAGAAACUCUAUGGCAUGGAGUACCACAAAGUGUUCAAUACGAGUUUUUGAUUUUUGAAGAACCAAAAUCAUACUUGGGGGCUGAAGUUAUAUUAGAGCUGCAUAAAUUAGAUACAAUUAGAAUUCGAAGGGUGACAUCAGAAAAUGUGUUCCUUUCAGUCACAAGUAAAGUUACCAAAUUUCCUAGUUUAAUAGUUAUUGAUCGAGAUAAUUCGCAAACAUUUUUGAAGAUUGAUACUAUUACAAGAGAAGGUAUCAGAAAUGUAAUCACAGAAUUUUUAAUAUCUAAGGGAAUAUCUGCUGAUAUCAAAGAUGACAUUGAAGAAACUCAUGAGAGGCACCCACAUAAAACGAUUUCAAAAGAUGAAAAUGAACCAGAAGAUUCUAAUAAUUCAUCAGAUAAACUUUAUCAGUUAGACUUGGAAGCCACUCUUCGUUAUUCAUUGAAUAAUGAAAUUCCCCUUUCUUCUGCCAUAACCGGAGAAAAAUUCAAAGCUUUAAAAUCAUAUUUAAAAGUGCUUGCAGAAUACUUUCCUGUGCACAUGCCAAAAGGAAAGAUGUAUUUGCAAGUUUUACAAGAAAUAGUUGAAGGCAAGAAAAACAUCACAGGUAAAGAAUUCAAGGGUCACGUAAGAGAUAAGGAGGAGAAAUUUAUGCCUGUCUAUUCUGGUCCAAAAACGUGGAUUGGAUGCAAAGGUAGUUCACCAACUUACCGAGGAUACCCCUGUGGUUUGUGGACCUUGUUCCACACAUUAACGGUAGCAGCUGUUGAAGAGUCCAAUGGGCUCAAUGACAAUGUUCCACCAGUAUUAGCAGCCAUGCAUGGUUACAUAAAAUAUUUCUUUGGUUGUGCUGAGUGCUCAGACCAUUUUCAAAAAAUGGCCGAAAGGAGAAAAUUGUUUGACACUCAUGAUGGGAAGGAAAGUAUUUUAUGGUUGUGGAGAGCUCACAAUGAAGUCAAUGAAAGAUUAGCUGGUGACGAUACUGAAGAUCCAGAGCACAAGAAGAUACAGUAUCCUUCAGCUCAACAUUGUCCUGAAUGUAAGCGGCCAAACGGCGUAUGGGAUGAAAAUGAAGUUUUGAAAUUUUUGAAACGAAAAUACAGUAGAAGAAAUAUUGAUUUUCAAGGCAUUAAUGAUGAAAUAUUACGGCGCGAAUUAGAUAGCAGUGCGUUAAGCUCAGGUGCAAGCCAGAGAAAGCUUGGAUGGGACUUUACAAUAUUUGACAUAAGUAUUUGCGUUGUGUUGUAUGUUAUGUCAGCUGCGAUACUCACAUUGGUAUGCAUAAAGUUUGCAUUCAAAAGAACUUACAAAAAGAAAGUAUCGUUUCAAAAUUUGCUAGGUAUAGCGUGAGUAGAGAAUGUAAAGUUAAAAUUGAACUUUUAAAUGUAUUGUGAUGACAUGGCCUUGGAGUGGAGUGAAGUGUGACUGGUACACUGUUUUACAAUUUUUUGGUAAAUGUGUACAUAUUGUGGUGAUGUUAAUGAACAUAAGAAUUAUUAAUAAUUUGUACAUAGGUUGUGUGACAUAUUCUCGGUUUUAACAAGAAUAAUGUUACUGUUAUUUUCCAAAAGUGCAAGAAUACGAUUUUUCAUUUUUUAUUAUAUAUCAGUAUACUUAUACAUUCAUCUUCGUAUACGUAAAAUCAACGCGUAAUGAAGUAUUUCAGUUUACUGCGAGAUACUAUUUCAAAUUAUAUUUUUUUACUUUGACGUACAUUUUUAUGACUUUAUUUCAUUAUAAAAUAAUAGCAAUAAAUUGUAAUCUAAAAAUGUCACGUCGUUUUAUAUGAUAUAUAUAGUACUUUGAGGGUGAAAAUUUAAAGAUUAUUUCAAUUUAUGGUCUUGUUAAAAAAUGAUUUUGUAUAUAAAAUAAUCAAUUGCGUGACUUUAAUUUUUUUUAUAUGAAAAUCUGAUUCUUAGCACUUGUCAAUUAAAUUCAAUCAAGUUGUGCAGCUGUGUGAAUACCGAGAUGAAUUUUGUGAUUGCCAAAAAAUAGAAUUAUUUACGUUGUGCGUUGUAUCGAUUAAAAUAUAACGUCGCUCUAUGAAAGUUCAUUCUGUAUAUAAUUUAUAAUGUGCAUGUUUUUCGUGCAAUAUGUUUCCGGUCUUCCUAAAUACAAUAUAUGUAUGUUUUAAUCAUUGUAAUUAUCUUAUAAUACAUUCUAAUUAUUUACAUUUUA